GCCUGUAAGAACGGUCUUAUGCAUCACGUUGAACAUUUACUUUACUAUGGCGCCGAUAUAAACGCUCAAAAUAUUAACGGCAAUACUCCUUUGCAUGUUUGUGCAGUUAAUAGUAGGUCAGAUUGCGCUCGAGUUCUACUUUUUCGCGGGUGUGAUCCGACGAUUGUAAAUAAACAAGGUCAAACGGCUUUACACGUUGCAAGAAUUGUUGGAAAUAUGGGAGUUGCAGAAAUGAUACAAGAACAUAAUCCGGCUAAUGCAGGUAUAGUUAUGCCAUAUCGUGGUAUGCCAGCAUAUAAUACUAAACGUCGUUUACCUGCCACUAUAGUACGACGUCGAUCGAUGAGCCAAAAUUCUAUCUAUAGCUCAACAUCCGAAUAUCGUACACCAACGCCUUAUGUAAUGUCACAGCAGGCUAUGCUGCCAAGUCCAACACCAAGUCGUGCUACUCUAGCUGAAGUACCAAUAACACAAGGUUUAAAUGAUUAUGAUACGAUUCGACGAUAUUCGAAAUUCACUGCUAUGGACGAAUCAGACCAGAUUUCAAGAAUCUCAUUUUUCAUUCGCCAAAAGAGAAUUUAUUCGAGGUUUUAUGUGGAAAUUUAUAGAUUGAAUAUACCUCGAAUUCUCGUCAUACCUCGCGGACCUAAAGGAUUUGGAUUCAUCAUUCGCGGAGCUAAACGUGCAGAUGCAAAUAAUUUCGUGCCGAACAAUUUAAUGCCAGCUCUUCAAUUUUUUGAAGGCGUAGAUAUGUCAGGAAUGGCAAUUAAGGCCGGUUUACGCCCUGGCGAUUUUCUUCUUCAAAUAAAUGGUGUUGAUGUGCGAACAGCUUCACAUGAUGAAGUGGUACGAUUAAUUCAAGCAUCAGGCGAUACAAUUACGCUCAAGGUUAUUAGUCACUUUUAA